CAGGCACAAGCGAAUCAAAACGUAGGACUCUGUAAUCCUCCAAUAAUCCCUUCAAUAUGAAUCUUUCCUGGAUCUUGACAACUGCGCUCGGCGCGUGUGCCGUGGCGGCACAAGACACUCCAGAGCCCCAGGCUCCCAAACUGACCUACCUCUACACCCUCACUGCGCUGCUCAAUUCGUCAAUUGAGAUUGGCACGGGGAUCUACAGCGACCGCAAAGUGAUUCCCAUCAUCGGUGGCAGUUUCCACGGUCCCCGGCUGAACGGCACGGUCCUCGAUCUUGGUGCCGACUGGGGGCUCACGGACUCGAAGGGUGUCUUUCAUCCCGAUACGCGGUACAACUUGAGGACGGCGGAUGGUGCAAACAUUUACAUCCAGACGAGUGGAUCGAAACAAUCGAAUGGAAAGAUUUACCUCAGACAGAUCUUCGAGACGGGGAGCGAGGACUACUACUGGCUGAAUAACGUUGUCUCAGUGGGGGUGUUGACAUCUGGCAAUGGUAGCGUUACUAUUGAGGGAUGGGUAUUGGACCUGUGACGGUUGUUCAAAAGAGUGAAAUCAUAGGCUUGCAAGCUUCUAGACAGCUAUCCACGGCUUCAAAUCCUAUUGAAGCCUAGCUUGGUUGUAUACAAGUCUAUCAACCGCGAAAUCUGGCUACCACUGAUAUGUCGAUGACUUGAAUAUCUGACAGUCCAAUACCCAGUCCGCCAAGGCCUUAGGAAUAUUACGUAAAUG